GACUUGCCACGUUUUCUGAAUUUAACUUUCAACGAGCUUACAAAAAUCCUACUCAAAUCCUAACCAUGUCUGAUACGGGAAUUGGCGGAGCACUAUUGGCAAGUGGACUUACUUUCUUGUUGAACAGGAUCUGCGUGCGCAACCUGCCGGUGUGCACUCGCCAUGAGCUGGCUGCUAUCUGCCUGCCCUACGGCGAAAUCCGAGGCUCGCUGGUUUGUGAUGACAUUGGGUUCGUCCAGUUCGCUUCGGAAGCACAAGCUGAGAAUGCGAUUGAGGCCCUGGACGGAUCUGUCUUCAAGUCCAAAGUGCUGGCGGUCUCAAACGCAUGCUUCGAUGGUGAAGUGUCUGGAGAAGAGGACCUUGAUGAGGAGUUUGACUUCGACUUCGAGACCGAUUCAGACGAUGAAAUCGAGGACGACGAUGACGAUGACGAAGAAGAACAAAUGGCUGAGGACGCUGCUUAAAUCUGUACAAGCCCUUAAACUUAGAUAAUAAUCUGAUUAAAAGAUUCC